AUGUCACCGUCAUCACACCAUGCCAGCUCUCCUUUGCCGGGAAACCAGCAGCACAAGCGCGUACUAGAACUCGACGACGACGACCUCAGCGACCUCAGCGCCGCCCUCAAAGGCCUAGCGCGAGGAAGUUACCCCAGACUCGAUGCAGUUCCCGUGGCAUUGAACGCCUACGCCUACAGGGCGCACCGGUCUGAUGCCCGGUCACAGCCGCGCGCGUACUUCCACAGUAUCACCACCGUCGCAGCGCAAAACUCGCGGUCAAACGCCCUACCCGUAAUGGAACUCGACAACCCCGUCCUGUACGACCUGGACAGGCAGUGGCAUCCGAUCCGGUAUGCAGCGGCUCCGAGUCUCAUCCAGGAUCCAGCUAGCUACCGCUUCGUCUGUUUUAUCCAUAAGCACCGCAUCGAUUUGAGGAGCAGUAGGCAGAAAGCCAUCUACACGAUCAGCAUCUGGGAUCGCGAGUGGGACGAGCUCACGUGGCAUGACACGUACCCCCUAUGUCGAGAAGCCCGCCGUGAUGAGAUUCGGACCUUCUGGCGCACGGUCGCUAUGCCGGGCUUCCCGCUCGGUCAUCCGCGGCAGGAAUUCAUGGACCGGAUACGGUAUCGUACGGGCUACCACGCUUGUGAGCGUGUAGAGCACAUGAUCCGCGACAAUAUCGCCCCACGGCAUACCCUCUGGUCUGUCAUGGCCAUUGCAAUCCACCAUAUGAACAACACGCACGACCCGCAAGUGAGCAUCGUGCCAGACAAGCUGGAGCUCUUCGGCGGACAAGCGAAGGAGCUGCUGCCGCAGUUCUUCGCGCACGUGCUGUGGAUGUGCCUAGAUGCUCGGCCGGACUGGAGUGAAGACCGGCAGAGACGAUUCGUUGCCCAGUUCAAGAUUCUCGAGCGUUUGCGGUGGAUGAAGGUUCGUACUCGAAAGUAUCUGGAGCGUCGUGUAUCGCCCGAUGGGGGUGGAGACGGAGGGUCGCCAGAGUGGGUGUUUGAGUGCCUGAGGAUAUGA